AAUCUUGCAAUCCCAGGGAAAGGUGGGCAGAAAGCUCCUCUCCAUUUUCAAAAGGGGUUUUCUUGGGCUUUGAUUUCCACUCAAAACAUUCCGCAUUUCCUCUCCAAGAACCUCCCAAACCUUUUUUUCCUCACUUUUUCACCACUUUGCCCUUACUGUUUCAAAAGUUUUUUUUGAUUUAGAAGGAAAACCAAUAAAAUAAAGACAAAUCCCUACUAAUCUCCUUCUAUUAUGUUCUAAAGCUUAUCACCUCCAAACACUUUCUCACAUCUUUUCUCUUUCUUUCUGAACUUGUAGUGAGAAACCAAGUCUGCAUUUUUUCCUCUCCCGAUACCACACACAAACACCACUCAGAAUCCUGAAAACCCCUGCAUUUCAGGUUCCAAAGGACAUGAAAACCACCCAUUGAAGUAAACCCGCUCCUAAGUUUCCAUUUUCACCAAUCUUUAAUCCCUUUUUUUCAAGCAAAAAGAACAAAAAAAAUAAUAAAAAGCCCAACUAUCAAAAACCCUCAAAUAGUGCACCUGCUUAGAAACUAUUUCACAAUGUCGACACCAUUAGACCAGCAGCAGCAGCAGCAGCAGCAAGAAACACCAUCCAUGGAAGUGAGCCAACAAGCUGCCUACACCCACACUGGUCAUGGGUCGGUUGGACCAGUGAUAGCAGUUCUUGCAGUGAUCACAAUAUUGGGAGUCAUAGCAGGAAUGAUUGGCAGGCUUUGUUCAGGUCGUCGGAUCUUGGGUCAUGGACAAUACGAUUUUGAGGGCUGGGUAGAAAGAAAAUGCUCCUCUUGUCUCGAUGGCCAUGUUGACCCGCCUCCGACCCGACACGCAGAUAUUCCGGUGGCAGCUCCGGUGGUGGAGGAGGGUCCCCAAGAGAUUAAAGAAGAAGAGCAAGAGCAACAACAAAGUGAACAUAAGCCACAUCCAAGUGCGAGUGGAUCUUGAUCCCUCUUUCUCGAUACUAGUAGUAUAUCAUCGAGUUUCAAGGGAUUUCUGCUUCUUGAUUUCGUUUAAUCAGUUUUCUUUCUUUAUUUUUAUUUUUUCAUUGUUCUGUUUAGGGUUUAUUUUGAUGGGAUAAGCGACAUCAUAGAAUGAAAAUCCUGAGCACGAAAACAUUUUCACAUUAAUGAAAUACAAUCCAUUUUUGUUUUGUUCAA